AUGCAGUUCACUCUCUCCGCUAUUGUCCUCGGCCUCGCUGCCACUGUCUCUGCUCUUCCUCCUUCCGCCGGUGGCGUUGGAAGCGGCAAUGGUGUCGGCAACAAGGGAAACACCCACGUCAAGUUCCCUGUUCCUGACAACAUGACCGUCAAGCAGGCUCAGGCCAAGUGCGGUGACCAGGCUCAGCUCUCCUGCUGCAACAAGGCCACCUACGCCGGUGACACCACUGAUAUCAACUCUGGCAUUCUGGGCGGCACCCUCAGCAACCUCAUCGGUUCUGGUUCCGGUGCCAGCGGCCUUGGUCUCUUCGACCAGUGCUCCAAGCUCGACCUCCAGAUCCCCAUCAUUGGUAUCCCCAUCCAGGAUCUCAUCAACCAGAAGUGCAAGCAGAACAUCGCCUGUUGCCAGAACUCUCCUUCCAGCGCCAACUCCGACCUCGUUGGUCUCGCUCUCCCCUGCGUUGCCCUUGGCUCCAUCAUCUAA